GAAUAUAGCUGAGAAUAGAAUCCUGCCUCUCACAGAAGUUGGCAUGCACUUAUCCCAAGCGGUGAAAGCUGGCUACCCUGUUGAUAUGGAGCGAGCAGGCCUGACUCCAGAGGUUCAGAAGAUUAUUGCUGAUGUUAUCCGAAACCCUCCCAUCAACUCAGAUACAUACAAAAUGAAGCUAAUUAGAUUGUUUGUUCCUGAAAACAUUGACACAUACCUUAUCCACAUGGCAAUUGGGAUUCUGGGAAAUGAUUUGAACAACAGACUGUUAUGUCAACCUUCUUGUGAUUCCAACAAAAAGAGAUGUUUCCCCAACUCUGAAGAGAGCUGUUCAAGUUCUAAGAGAAGCAAGGAAGAAGUAUGCACUGAUACCAAGGUUGCUGGGACAUGUCCUGGUGCUAUUUCAUCAAAAGAAGAGAUUGACAGAAAUUCACCAAGACUCACUUCUGGGAAUCAGCCAUCCAGUGAUCCAGAAAUAGACGAUUUAUUUACGGAUUCUCAUUCACAGAUUUCAUCUGAAACCUUAAAUACAAAAUUACCUGAAUGGCGUGCCAGAGGAAAUUAUGCCAGCAAGAAAUCAGUAACCAAAACAAAAAAGGGGGGUCUUUUUAGUUAAUCUGGCAUUCGUCAGAGGAAUUCUGUAUGUCUUGUUUUGUUUAUAAGAUGGGAGUUUCAUUUCUGAAGGAAAUAAUAUUUCAAUUAAAAAAUUACUCUAUUCUCAAAGUAAAAUUCAAGGACUGACAUCGUAAAACAGCAUUGUACUGUUUAUUGAAGGACUGACAUCGUAAAACAGCGUUGUACAAUUCACAUAAAGCAUGUAAGUCUUCAAGAACCUGAGUGAGUGUAUCACAGAAUAGAGUAUUAAAUUAAUUUCAUACAAGAUUGCUUUAUGAAACUGUGUAACUGCCCUUUUUUUCUAAUUUAAUUUAACAUUUAUCUGGAAAAUGUAAUGUGCAGUGAUUUGAUAUAGCUAACAGCUUAGUAGUUCUUUGAUGAUUGUAUAUAAUAUAUAUUUCUAUAUUAUCAGAAUUCUGUCUUGCGAAUGAAAAAAGCAUAAUUACUUUCAAGUUAUCUUUACUAUUUUUAGAAGAAGCUGUUGUACACAUUGUUAAGUGGUGUUAGUAGACCAGACCAAUGAAAAUAAAAUAACAGUUUGGACUUUAUGUUUGAAUCUGGUACAUGAUCAAAAACUUAAAAAGUGAGUCAAACUGUUCCAAAGUUCCAAAGUGAGGGAAAAUUCUAGAAUUGGGCUAAAAUGUAACAGGAAACACUACCUAAGGGGAAAUGAGGAUUUGAUAUUUGAUAGCAGUUACAAAAAGUAAAAGUUACCUUUAUACCCCAACAUGUCCACCCCUUAUAUAUUAGUGGGAACACAAAGAAGUUGAACUUGAAAUUAUUCAUUUUUUUAUUGAGGUAAUGUUGGUAUACAACACUAUAUGAUUCAGAGGUAUAGGUUAAGUAUGUUACCACCCUCCACCCACCAGCACUGCAUCCAUA